GAAUGUGUUUGUCGGCUUCCGCCUGCACCCAGCCCCACCAUUGUUCCAGGGGGAAGGUGGGGUAGAAUGGGCACACACACCCCUCAGUUCCACAAUCCCACCCCACACUGUAGUUCUUAACAUUUUCUACGCAACUUUGGCCUCACACUUAUGGCUUCAAAGGAUGAGAACUUAUUUCAGUUCUCCCCUGAGCUGGUGUGUGGACUCUGGGGCAGAGUCCUGUAUAAGGGCUCUGGGGCACCCGGCUACUACAGGGCACUCUUAUUCUCUUUGAUCGGAGGUAGAUGGAGGUUGCUGGCCUCGGACAGCCUUAGACAAACCUCAGCAAGACUCUUACUGCGGUGGGCAUUCCAUUAGUCUCCCGGCUGUGCGUGAGGCGGGUCCUCGGGACGUUGGGGCGGGGUUUGCCCGUUGCUGGUGGGUGGGGUCGAGUUUGUUGGGCCCCGCCCCCGGGGCCAGAAACUACGCGCUGGAAGCUCGAGGGCGGUGUCGGCGCGCGGUGACGUCACGACGUCGGCCCUUCUCAACGCCGCUGCGCGGGCGAGCGGAGCGUGGAGGCCGGCGCUGGGAUAUUCCAGAGCAGCUUCUCCAGCAUCUUGAGACCAUGGGCGCUCAGUUUAGCGGCGGCGAGGGCGCUGCGGAGCCGGCGCAACCCCAGCCUACCGCGCCCGAGGGCCCUGAGCGGCCCCAGCCCGAGCCCAGCCCCUGGGGGCCGCUGGAUGACGUGCGCUUCCUUAUCGCCUGCACCUCUUGGUACUGACUUUACGCCCCUCGAGUCACCUCCCACCGCCCGUCAUUCUUUCCGGCUCGCCUGGUUGCGUCGUCCCCACUGUCCGGUGUCUCUCUCAACUUACUUCCCGCGGAGACGUGAGGAAGAGUGGAGUAGGUCACGGGGGGACUGGAAGGAAGUCUCUGCAGGGCUGUCUCCAUAUCCUCGCCUUGGGUCACCAUGUAACCUCUGGCCCCUCCCACCACCUGGAAUUGGUUUGCUUCCCAGCCUGCACCCAAACCGACUCAGACCUUCGUGCUCACAACCACCCCACACCUCCAGCCGUCUGGGUCCUGGGGCAGCCUUCCCUGUCACUGACUUCGAGAACCAGGCUAGGACUCUUGGUAAGACCCCAAAGCUGCUGACCUGACCUCCCUUUAUCUGCCCAUUAUUGCUGAGAACUAGGCUCUCGCUUUUGUUCCUGGCCAUGGCACCAUGUACUUUGAAUUCAGAGAGGACUUUGCCACAGUGACCCUUCCUAUACUCCCCCUAGGGUAGGUUGCUCCGUCAGCCUGGAUCCCAGUGAGGCAUUGUCAGGCUGUAUUCCUGGGAUCCCAGUAACACUGGGCCUUUUGGGCCAGCCUUUAGGGGAGAGGGGACUUCUGAUUGCUGGACUGACAGAUGAGAUGCAUGGGGUAGCUCCCAGAUACUCCAAACCACCCUGUUCCCCUUCUCCCAGAAGCUUCAUAGGCUCCUCUCAGAACCUACCUGAUACUUGUUCCCGCAUGCAAGGGAAAUGACACAUUCUGUAUUUUUCUUUUAUUUAGAAAUGAUUUAAAAAACAUUAUACAAAGGCUGAUCAGUUUAAAAUGUGACUGAUACUGAAAUGCUGUGAUGGUCCCCAGGCCGAGGGGAAGCUGGGCUCUGGGGCCCCCAGUGCUUUGCCCCUCUGUCUGCUCUGUCCUGGGGUGAUGGACAAACAGAUGACCACAAGGCAGGAGAAUCCGAUAUUGGAAGCAUCCAGGCUCAGCCUUCUGUGGGCCUGGCCUCGCAUCCCUCACAUCUGCAGCCUGGGCUGCCUGCCUCCAUCUCCUGCUCUUUCUCAGCUGACCUCAGUAGUACCAGGAGCCAACGGGGAGCCUGGGGGGGCCUAGAGCUUUCAAGAAGUGAGAGCACCAACCUGAGGAGUGAAGAAGAACCAGGAAGGGGAGAAGGGAGGCCAGGAAAAGAUGGAUAAAAGAGACACUUCUGAUCUCAUUUUGGAUCCUAGAGAGAUCCACAGGUGGGGACCCAAGGCCCAGGCAGCCCACUGGGUGGCCUGGGCAUGUAACAGCCUCUGUGCUUCAUUUGAGGGCACAAUGAGAGUUACCCUUGGCCUCCCAGGGCCUACACAAGUUUCAUGUGAGUGGACAGGUGUGAGCUAAUAAAGUGCUUUGCAAAGUAUAAAA